AUGUCGGGCCUCACGGAGCAGCAAUUCCUUCCGCCGUCGGAAAGCGAGUCCUCAACGCCCGCCGCGUCUGUCCCUGCCGAUGCUGCAACUGAGGCUACAACUGAUGCUACAACGGGGGUGAACGCCGCUCCCGCUGCUCCCGCCGCGCCAUCCACCUCGCCCCCUAGCGCGACUAAUUCCCCGAGUGCAAAAAGGACUAGAAUUGCCCGUUCCUGCGACCAGUGUCAUGGCAGGUCCAUGAGGUGUCAAGGCUUCAAGCCAUGCUACAACUGCACUAAAAGGGGCAAGACAUGCACCUAUGACAGGCCCAGCCGGAGGGGCCCAGCGAGGACACCUCCUCCGCCCCCCGACAAUCCCGAUCCAAAUGCCCGGAACUUGACCAAUCUACGGGAUCCCAGCAUCCCGUAUUGGCACGACAAGUCUUGGGCCGUACGCUCUUGCGAUCGAUGCCGGACCCUGCGUGAGCGCUGCAAAGGCAGAAUCCCAUGCGACGCUUGCUUUGAGAAGCGAGUCGAAUGCACCUAUAACAUGCGGGCCGCUCAGAAAGCUGGCCAGGCUCCUCUUCAACUAUUUGGCGCCCGGGAUGCUAGGAUGGCUUCGGGAUCUUUUUUGGACGCCCCUCAGGAACUCAACGCCGAAGGGGUAUCUGACGACACGUCCUACCAGGCCUUCGCCGAGGCUGGUCUUGCCCGUGCGGCUCCCGAUGUCGCGCCUCUCCAGAUAGCCACGAGAUACUCCCACGAGGACACGCCACCCCUGCUAUUUCUACACAGAGCCUGGCAGAAGAUCGCACAUGCCCUUGAGAGGGCCAACCAGCCAGCAGCAGAGCGUGAAGAGCCCAAUCAGCCGGUCCUCGCCGUCGGCGACCAGCCGUUUGAUACGUCCAAGCCCUUCCAAUUUCCCGACACCCUGGCGAAAUGGAUCGAGAUGCAGAAGUCGUUCCAAAUGGGGUGGACAGAGACUUUUCACUUUCUCCACCGUGCCACUGCGAGGUCGUGGCUCGAAAAAGUGUUCAAGAACAUGACUGACCGUGCCCCAUUGGAGCGUGACGUCGGCCAUGCCAAGGCUGCCAUUGCCAUCAUGACAAUGGCAUUGGGAUCUCUCUUCUACGUCCGGCCGUGGAAUCCGAGUAAGAGAGAUCAACAAUGGAGCUGGAUCUGGACCCUCGGCACCGGGGACCAGCUAUUCUUGGUUUCUCUGCGUCUGACCGACCAAGAGACAGGCCUUCCGGCCUUGGAUUCUGUUCAAGCCCGCCUCCUUCAGGCGCUUUAUCUACUCUGCACAUGCCGGAUAAACCUAGCGUGCUCUGUUUUCAACAAUGCUGUCCAUAUCGUGACGUCCCUUGGCCUUCAUAGACGGCGAGGGAGGAACCGGGGUCUCGGUCCUGACAUUGUUCUCCAUCCGGAUUACGCAAAGAUUCAGUGCGAGAGACGGACUUUCUGGUCUGCGUAUCUCCUCGACAAACAAAUUGCCAUGAUGACUGGCAGGCCCCGCUACUUUAAUGGUGAUCUCGUGGACCAGGAGCUGCCGGAUGGUGUCAAUGACGAAGACAUGCAUCCGGCCGGGCCCUUCAGGCCACAUAAAGGCGAUUGCUAUAUGGAUGCUCUAGUUGAGCAGAUCAAGUUGACGAGACUGACCGAUAGGCUGUUGAGCGAGGUUUACUCACUCCGUGACAUACCCGAGGACGAAAGGCUGGCUCGUGCCUGGCAGAUCGGCGAGCAAAUUGAACAGUGGCACGCCAGCCUGCCAUUUCUGCUGGGCAGUAUAAAAACCGAUUUACUCCAUCUCACGUUCCGUCGGCAGGCAACGCUGAUGCACCUCGCCUAUCGGCACGCUCAAAUUCUUGCCUACCGCCCGUUCAUGACCGCGGAAUACCCCUUAGACCUUGCGAAGAAGAGGGUUGCAGACUCCGCUAUUCGAGCCUGUAUCGAAGCUGCUCGUGCGACCAUCACCACCGCCGCUGAUCUGGCCCGCCAGCAAGUCGACAGAGAUAAAAGCCAAUUUCGCACCAUCUUGUAUACUCACCAUGUCACCUUCUGUGCCGUCUCAGUUCUGCUUCUCAUCCCUCAAGUCCGGGAGCGGCAGGCGAGGUUCCCCCCGCCCAAUUACAAAAAGCCAAUAGCGGACGACAGGUUUGUUAUUCUGGCCGAUAAAGGGAUCAAGGCUCUCGCCGACUCCACCUAUGAGCAUUCGCCUGCGCGCAAAUGGGUCAUCAUUCUCAACGAGAUGCGGGACGAAGCCGCCCGCCAAGUUCGGCGAACAAACAGCGAAAAUCGUGAUCAGAAGCCUGAGCGAGAUCCUGGCAAUGACUCCCAGUCUCCAGGCCAACAGAAUCCCGGCAGUAACAUCGAGUCCCCAGCCCAACAGCUGCUGGAGGACGCACUGCGCGCUCAUUGGGAGGCAGACCUUUCCGCCGAGACCCCCGCUAACAAUAAUAAUAAUUCCAACGACAAUGAUAAUGGGCCAUCAGAGGCAUCACCUGUCUACCUUCCGAAACUCUGGGACAAGUGGAUGAUUACAGAUUGGGUGGAUCUUGAUGCUGCCGUGAGUCUCACGGGCUUUUGCUUUGAGAAUUAUAGGCUAACGGACCAACAGGCUUUUGGUCCCAUCUCAAACUUCAAAUUUGGCGAUCUCCCAAUCGCCCCCCGUCCACCUAUCCCACCACAGUAA